GUGCUAGCUCUUCUUCUAAACAGUUCAGUUAUGUUUCAUCUCUUUCAGACAUACAAGACACAGAUGUCAAUUCUAUUCCAGUUUGUUUGCUUCUGUUUGAUUGUAAUGGUUGGCUAGAAGAAGGAGUAAAGAGGAAUGGGGUUUAUUUUGUAAAAUAGAAAAAACAGUGGAAGAGAUUAGUUCUAUUGGUAUUCAGUUUGAUUAUAUUGUUCCUUCAAUGGAUAAUUUAGAGUGCCUGAGUGACGUUAACAUAGCCAGUAAGAAACUGUUCCUGAUACAAGGAGACAGACCUCAACUGCUAAACUGGGAGAGGUAUGGGCUAAGAAUUGGAGUAUCUGGAGGAAGCCUAUCAUCCACAGAGACAGGUGAGGUAGCCGUGGUCGCUCUUGUAGGAGGACAGUUUGUGUUUCCUAAGAACACGGUACUCGUUAGUGCUGUGUAUGCAGUCUCCAUUUCUAGACCUCUCCUCAAAGCGACAAACGCUGUGUCUACAGUCCCGGAUCUGGGAUUCAAGGAAUCAGGCUUAUUCUACCGGAUCCAGGAGGAAUCUUUCAUUAGAAUUGAUCCCGGAUCCAGGAUUCAAAGAUUCAGUCUUAUUCUACCGGAUCAGGAGUGAUUUUUUCAUCAGUAAUGAUUCUGGACUCCUUUUUGACUCUGGAACACUGCAUGCUGAUUGCAUGAGAUCACUGAGCUAAAAAGUUUGACCUUUAUUUGUUAUUAUCAUCAUCAGUAUUAUUACAGUUACUAUCCUUAUAAGUCUUUGUGGUGUAGUGUUUUCAUUUUAAAGUUAUCAUGUAUUAUUAAUAUUAAAUUAGUAGUUACUUUUUAUUAUUUUUUGUGUGCAUUUAAUGAUGUGUGUUGGAUGAUAAUUUGGU